AGCAGCUGGGUCUCCUGCUGAGCCUGCCUCGGCGGCGCCUAGUUGAGAAAAGGCUGCCCGGCCGGGCGGACCGAGGGCGCUUCUGAGAACCGGCUUCUCCUAACUUCUCCGAAGAAAUUGCUCAGCCAGUCGCCUCGCCUCGCCUGCCUGCUUGCUCUCCCACUCCCCGGCUCGCUGCCUGCAUCUGAGCCUUGCAGAAAGGGAGACACCCCACCUGGCCAGUAGGGUGCAUAUUCUCUGAAGGCAACCUGAAUGGAGAGUCAUCACCCAUGUCUCAUCGGUCAGAGCCAGGUGCUUCCUUCUUGAGAAUUGUUCCUGUACCUAUGGCAACAAGGAGAACAAUAACAUCUGCCUGCUGGCUGGACCUUCCAGUUCCACACUGAGGAUGCAUCGGCAGGAGGACACUAAUGUUUAGCAAACGCUGGUGGGAUUAGAACUGGAUGGUGUUGACUUGAGACAUUCUUACCAAGUACUUUCCAUGGAUCAAGACCCUGGCAUUGAGGCCCUGCUGGACCUCAGCUUCCUGACCGAGGAGGAGCAGAAUGCAAUUUUGAAAGUUUUGCACAGAGACUUGCAGCUCCAGAUGUGUGAGGAAGGACGGAUCAACAACCUGCGCAAAUCUGUCUCUGACCCAAACUGGCUGAAGAUCUUGUCCGGCGAAUGGUUUCGUGAUGUCCGUUCCAAACGGCACCAGCGCAAUCUCUUCGGGGCAGACAUUGUCCGAGCUUCGAUCCGCCGGAGGAAGAAGCCCAAAGCAGAUGAACAGGAACUCAAGCAACAAAGAAGCCUGGAGAAUGUAGUUAUGAUCAGUGAACCUGUGCCAGAGGAUGGGAAGAUAAUGGAGGCCAUGGUUGUGCCAGAGGAUGAGAAGACGAUGGAGACUAUGGAUGGACUGCUCCCUGGGACUGCUGUGCCUCAGACUUUCCAGCUGACAAGGACCCCGGAGGCCAAUCUCAUGUCCAAGGAUGCGGUCUGCUUCCCGGAGUCGGCUGUUGAAAACGCUUUAGAGAGAAGCAGCUCAUUCAGCAGUCUGAAUUCCGAGAUAGAGGAACAAGAACAGCCUGGAGUGGACCCAUCUCUCAGGGACACCGUGCAGAAUAACAACGGAUUGAAAAAUGGACAAGGGUCAGCUUUGGUUUCUUCACCUUCAGGGGAGUAUCCAGUGAGCCCCCCAAUUAAAGGAAUAAAUACUAGCUCCUCUGCCUCCAGUUUGAGUUCAUCCACGAUGAGUGGCAGUAUGGCAAGCAUGUUCAGUGACAACGAUAUUGGGAGCAUCGAGGUUCGUGGUUGCAUCCAGUUCUCCCUGCGCUAUGACUCCUCCAAGAAGGAACUCCACGUCCAGAUCAUUCAGUGCCGGGAUCUUGCUGAAGCUAAAAAACAGCGCUCAGAUCCAUAUGUCAAAACCUACCUGCUGCCUGACAGAUCCAAUCACAGCAAGAGGAAAACUGCUGUCAAGAAGAGAAGUUUAGAUCCUAUCUUUAAUGAGACGCUUAAGUAUAAGAUUGAAAAGGCUGAACUCCAGGGUAGGCUCCUGAACCUGUCUGUCUGGCAUCAUGAUUCACUGGGCCGAAAUCUUUUCCUGGGAGAAGUGGAGAUGGCCUUAAAUACCUGGGACUGGAGCAACGCAAGUCCAAAGUGGUUCAACCUUCAGCCCAAGAUUCCUGCUACUCCAGAUAUGGUCCCCAACCGUGGUAAACUCAACCUGGCCCUGAAAUUUAUUCCAGCUGGUUCAGAAGAGCCAGGACUUCCUCCCACUGGAGAGCUUCAUAUGUGGGUCAAGAAUGCAGAGAAUCUUGUACCUCGGUGGGGGACCACGGUAGAUACCUUCGUUCAAUGCUACAUCCUCCCAGAUGACACCAAGUUGAACCGCCAGAAGACCCGAAUUGUGAAAAAGACUCUGAACCCUACUUUCAAUCACACUAUGGUCUAUGAUGGCUUUGAGGUUAAGGACUUAGCACAGGCAUGUGCUGAAUUCACUGUGUGGCAGCGGGAGACUUUCUCAAAGCAUCGGCUAGGAGGCAUCCGGCUGAGUCUUGGCACAGGGAACAGCUAUGGCCUACCGGUCACUUGGAUGGAUUCAACAGAGGAAGAGCGCCACACCUGGGAGAUGGUCUUCAAGCAACCUCAACAGUGGGUGGAAGCUGCUCUUCCCUUGAGGACCAACCUGACUUCAAGGACUUCGCCCUAGCCUUUACUGAACAACAGUAGGAUUCCUGUGCUGUCAGAAUUAGUCUGAUGGCAAAUUGAUGACUAUACCUUAUGGAGGAUUUUGCCUAAGAUCAGGUUCCUGAUGCUGGGAAGAGCUAUAGCCACUGGGACAAAGGCAGAGUAACAACUUUAUUGAUAUGUGAAGUCUGCCUCCUCUUACCGACUUAAGGAGAACAUUGUGUGGCUUCUAGAGUUCUCUUGUGAAAAAAACUCCGCACUGGGAUAACUAGAACACCCACUUUAUUUCAAGGAAAUAAACUGCCUUAUAGUCACCUU